CAGGAUGGCGGCGACGGGCGCGGCGGCGUCGGAUGCGGCGGCAGCAGCAGCAGCAGCGGCGGCGGCGGGGCCGAGCGGCCACGCGGCGGGAGCCAGCACCGUCCCGAGCAGCUCACGGCGGCGCCUCAGACCCGCAGGUAGCGGCCGCGCCGGGGCCGCCAGCUGAGCCGGCUACCGGCGGGCGGCUCUUCCCUCGCGACACCGACCCACCGGGCGACCCGUUCCCCUGCUCCGGAGCGUCCUCUUCUCCUUCCCAACCGCGACCCGCACCUCGGAUCGCCCCCGCCGGAGCCGGACUCCACCGCUCCCCAGCGCCGCGAGGCAGGCGGUCGCGAAGGGCGCCGGGCAGCGCCGGUCGGCGGCGGGACCAUGGGCGCGAAGCAGAGCAGCCCCACCGCCGCCAACGGCCGCACCCGGGCGUACUCGGGCGGGGAUCUACCUUCCUCCAGUAGCAGUAGCAGCGGCGGCGCUAACGGGACCGGCGGGCGCUCGGCAGGCGCCGGCGGGCGGUACUCGCACCUGGCGGCGGCGCCUCAUGCAGCUCCCGGCGGCGCGGCGGCGGCGGCAGGAGGAGCGGCGGCGGCGGGGAGUGCCGCGGGAACGGCUACCCGGAGCCGGUCCUUAGGAGGUGCCGCCGCCCCCGGUGCCCGGGCCGCGCAGUCCGCCUUCAACAUCCCCCACAGCAGCGGCCCUUACGGCUCGCAGGACUCAGUCAGCAGCACUCCGGAGGAGGGCGGCCGGGAGCGGCCCGCGGGGGGCGGCAGCGGCGGCUCCUCCGGCGGGCCCCGGCUGGUGAUCGGCUCGCUGCCUGCCCACCUCUCGCCGCACCUGUUCGGAGGAUUCAAGUGCCCUGUUUGUUCAAAGUUUGUAUCUUCUGACGAAAUGGACUUACAUCUUGUCAUGUGUUUGACAAAACCAAGGAUAACCUACAAUGAGGAUGUGCUGAGUAAAGAUGCUGGGGAGUGUGCAAUAUGCCUGGAGGAGCUGCAGCAAGGAGAUACUAUAGCACGGCUGCCUUGUCUCUGCAUAUACCACAAAGGCUGCAUAGAUGAAUGGUUUGAAGUAAAUAGAUCUUGCCCUGAGCAUCCAUCGGAUUAAGCCAAGAUCCCUGGUUUUAGCUGCUUCCACUGAUCAGGAAACGUAGGAGCUGCGAGGUUCCCGUGCUGGGCACGGCCUGGCUGGAGAUUGACAGUUCUUUGUGGCUGAAAAAAGGCAAAGGUGGACAGUGAGAAGGGAAAGGUGCCGCAGACAGCAGGUCCGCGCCCGGCAGAGCUUGGGCCACCGAACACUGGUGGGAGGCCACGCAGGGCGGUGGGAACGCUGCACGCCGGGCAGCUCCCACUGACACUCUGGUGUGUGGAAGGCCAAAGUUCCUCAUUUCAGCCUACCUUGUGGUUCUGUGAAGAAGCAGUGGUUGGACAUGCUUGCUGCUGCCUCAGGUGGGAGUGGAGACAUG